AUGGACCCCAACUACAGCGCUAAAUUCCCUCUUCAUGAGGCUGCUCGUGAGGGCAGGACUCAAAUCGCAGAAUCUCUUCUUAACGCCAAUCCAAAGUCCGCCUUUGUCAAAGAUGAUGAUGAGCGCUUGCCAAUCCACUGGGCUGUGGCCUACAACCGAUUACCUAUUGUGGAGAUGCUAGUUGGCAUCAAGAAUUUUGAUCCCGAUGUCGAAGACGGGUCAAACUGGACACCGCUUAUGAUCGCGGCCAGUCUCAAAGCCGCCGAGGGUGACAAAAUCAUCGACCUACUUCUACGCAAAGGAGCCGAUGUCAGUGUGAAGAGUUCAUCAGGGCAGAACGCUUUGCACUUUGCAAGUUCCAAGGCCAAUCUUUCCACGGUACGAACUUUGCUCGCCAAUAAAUGCAGCGCCCGUAUCAAGGAUAUUCGCGGUCAGCUUCCACUUCACCGAGCUGCAGCAGUCGGCUCUGCUCCUAUCAUCAAGAUUCUUCUAGAAGAAGGCAAAAGCCCCGUCAAUGCGACCGACAACGACGGUCUCACGGCGCUGCAUCAUGCUAUUUCCGAGGGACACGGUGACGCCGCCAUCCUACUGCUCAAGUCCGGAGCAGAUGCAGAAAAGAGGGAUGCAGAGGGGAGAUUGGCGAUCGCUCUGGUGCCAGAUGACAAGGUCAAGCAGUAUAUCCUACAAACAGCAGAAAGAGAAGGAAUUGAGCUUCCAUAAUUUGAGCUGUACAUUACUAUCCGCACGUGUCCGUUGUGUAGACUAUACAUAGUGCGCAUCAUUUGGGC